AUGUUUAUUAUAAUCAUGUUUGUUUCGUAUCUUUAUUACUAUGUUUCUUAAUGACAUAUUUUUGUUUAUAAUUUGUUUAUAUAUAUAAAUAUGAUACAUAUUCUAAAUUCUUUGUUAAAGUAUUAAAACUUAAAAAAUAACUAUAUAAAUAUAUAUUUAUUAUUAUAAUAUCAAUAUUUUCUAAAAAUGUCUUGUGUAAAAUAUUCAAAUGGCAAUAACGAUGGAGUUGCAGAAGCAAUUGGAAAUUGGGGUUUCUCUAAUAAAACUUGUAGUAGUGGUCAAGAACUUCAACGUUUGAAAUGUUUAUUUGCAAAGAUGGAUUGUUUGCGUACUACGAGGCCUAUGACGUAUGUACAAUAUAAUCGUAAAAAUGAUCCUGAAGCAUGGCACGUUAAACCAAGUCCCGAAGAAUGUAAACCUGCAUGGAUAUUUCCUGAAAAUAGGCCUUUGAUUACUUACGAUUCAACAGCAAAUAUUAUGCUGGUGUCCAAUUUUCAUGAUGUUGCAUCUGAUUUAAUUUACAAGAUACCUGGUAGAACAUAUAUGUUUCAAGGUACACUUAAGUGGUAUAGAAGAGGUCCAGAUUGUUGUCCACAACCAAGUUGUUUAGCACCUCAAUGUAAACCAUUGUGCUAUGUUUAAAAAAUUAUAUAUUUUACUUACAAAUAAUAAUUGUAUCAAUGUUUUCACUGCAAUCCAUAAGAAAUAAACUUUUUGCAAUCAUUAAAAUUUGUAGGAUAUAGAAAAGUAAUUAAAAUUAUCACUUGCAAAGAUUUUAUUACACCGCAUUUCAUUAAAGCAGAGCCUGUUACAGCGCGUCUAUAUAUAUAUGUAUAUGUAAACACACCUAUAUAUACACGCACAUAUAUAUACACACAUAAGCAUAUAUAACACUAAGGUACAGCAUAUAGAAUUAGAUAGGACUAACAGUGUUCUUUAAUUUUUAUGGAAAUUUUCCCAAAGAAUCUUAAUAUAGGAUAUUACACAGGAAUUUCUUGUAUACGUGAAAAAUCUACAAAUAUUUGCGUUAGUUAAAAAAAAGAAACUGAUUGAUCCUUUUCAAGCGAAACGUCGAAGUAGCUCGGUUAUGUGAGUCGAGGGAUCUGAUAUUUCGCCAAGUAAUCCUGCAAUUGUGAUUAUACGUUAUAUAUUAAUAAAUAUAUAAAUUAGAAUAGUAUAUUAAAAUUAAAAUAUAAAUAAUAUAAAUCAUUUCUUUUUUUUUUUUUAAUUUACCAAGAACGUCAAAAAAUUCUUCAAAUGAUGCACAAGGCAACAAUUCAUUGCGAUAUGUUGCAAGGACUCGUUCUGAAGCUUUUAACAUGGCUUCGUCGUUAUGCCUAAUAUAUUCAGCUAAGAUCGAAGGCCACUUUUCAUCGUACAGCACAUUUAUUUUCUAUAAUAAUCGAAAAAAGAAUAAUUAACUUCCAAUAUAUAUUUUUCAAUCAUAUUUUAUGUGUAAAAUAUAAAAUGAUACUUGCCCCAAAGAAAUUAGUGUAGAUACAAUCGAUAAGACCUAAGAAUAUAAGAGUACUUUUAUAAACAUUAUAUUCUUUCACGGUUGUGUCGAAAAUAUUUUUUGUUGCAACCGAUGGAGAUUCAUAACGUUGAUGCGCGAGUACGAUAAAUCUGUUGAAAAAUGCAACUUUAUAUUUUUUCCAACGACUAGGAGUCAAUAAAAGAAUUGAAAGCGUGCACUGAUAUAAUGGCCCAUCUGCUUCAUAGCAAUUUUCAAGCCACGCUGCACUAGCUGGAGAUUCCAAAUAAGUGACAAGAGCUUUAUCUUCUCUACUAGCUGUACGUGUGCUAUAUAAUAAAAAAAAAAAAAAAAAAAAAAAAAGAAAAAAAAAAGAAAAGAAGAAAAAAAUUUCAAUAACAAUAAAAAUGUUUUAAAGAAUUAUUAUAAUUAAACAUGAGUAUAACUAUAUAAUAAUAGUAAUAUUUACGUACGUAUUAACAACAUAUAAUGCCAUGUGUAUUAAAUAUGGAACCAUAUGCAUAUUGGAUUGAGGACCACCACCUCCAGUAUCUUCAUGAAAACUUUUUUCUUGUGCAAAACGUAAUAAUAAUAACUUUAAAUCAUGAAUUGUGGAUGGAUAGGAUAUAUCGCGAUGACUCGUGCAUUCUUGCAAAUACGUAUUAUGUCUUGCUAAACAACUGGCAAAUGCUGAUUCUGGCACUUGUGGACCCCACAGUGGAAGAAGUCCAUUACAUUUGGUAUUAGCAUUUUGUAAAGCUGCACUUUCCCAUUCGUCUCUGGCACGUGCUAAACGUACUGCUGACAUGUGACAGUCUAUAUGAACCACGUUAAAAUGAGUUACUGUUGUAUACCCAACAGUUUUCCUCUGUUUCGUUUCGAAUUCCUCAACGUUACAUCGUUUUGUAAAUGUAUAAAUACCU